GUUUUUCAAUUUCUUUGACCACUGACAAAACAGCAUGUCCACUGACUUUGUUUAAUUAUAUAAUUAAAUAUAUAAUAGUUUAAUGUAAAUGGCAUACGGAAACUUAAAGAAAAUUUCAACAUAAGUAACUUGAAAUAAGAAAGUUUUUAAAAAUGAUAUCCCGAUUUGAAUAAAAUCGAUCCAAGUUACGACGUGUCACCCCAAUUUACCAUGUCCCAUACAUACCUUCCUAACUUUGAAGCGACAUUUCUCAAAAUAUUUUCAUUAAACUUUACAUCUAAAUCUUUCGGUUUAUGGAAAAAGCAUUCAAAAUUAUAUAUACAAAGAAUUUUGAUAAGUUUCUAUAUUAAAAUAAGUAAAUAAAUCAAAUUUUAUUUUGUCCCUGAUUUUUACAAUACCGGAAUUUCGGAUAAGUAACAUCGAUUUUCUUAAACUUACAAAAAUAAAUCCUACCAAUUCUAGUAAUUUUUGUAAUGUGGCAACUAUUUUAUGACAGCUUACGUCGUUUCCGGUUGCUUUUCGGGUCUCUGUGAUUUGUUUAUUCGUUACUUUUGUGUUCGAAGAGUGAUGUCGAAAAAAAAAGUGUUCCAGUGAGUUUGUGAAUUUGAACAGAUUUCUAUACGAACACGAAUUAGUAUUCAAUAUACUUAGAUAAAUUAUGGUAGUAAUUCUGGACAUCGAUAAGUUUUUGACUCGCGACGAUUUGAGACUACUCGAAAGAGCUAAGUGGCCAUGGAGAAGAUCGCACUUUAUGCUAGCAACAAAAUGUCAUAACUGUAAAACUAACACCGACGCUAGAUUACCUACUCACUUUGUAAUAUUUAGUGGAGAAUACAUUCAUUGUCUUUUAUAUCAUAAUUUUUUCUGGUGUCAAAUUUGUUUAUUCUUUACUGUAUAUGAUCAUUAUCCGGAGGACGAGUGCAAAUAUUGCGAAUAAUAACAAUUAACCUGUAAUUGAAUAAACAAAAAUGCCAUUAACCGGAGCUGAACGGGCUAAAAAAUUUAGAGAAAAAUUAAAGGACGAUCCAGAAAAGUAUGAAAAAUAUAAACAGAAACAAAGGGAACUAGUUGCUAAGCGAAGGAAAAAAAUUAGUGAUUUAGAUGAUAACGAGAAAGAAAAGCAAAGGGAACAGUGGAGAAAAGAAAAAAGAAUUCAGAAAAAAAGAAAAGAUGAAAAAAAAAAUUCAAGAAGCAAAUAAUCAAGUAACCAUACCAAAAAAUAGACCAUGUCAAACCAUGCCAAAAAAUAGAAAUACUAAAAAGUUACAAAAGGUGUACGCUAACUAUUACAGGGCUCAAAAAAAUCAGCAAAAGUUGAAUACAGUCAUUGGUCGUCUCAGAAAGCAGUUAAUUCGCACUAAGCAAAAAGUACAAAGUUUGGAAACAUCUAAAAAUGUAACUGAAAAAGAAUUGGAGAAUUUAAAAGAUGCUAUAAAAGAGACAUAUGCAGAAUGCAAAAUACUUGCAGAAAAAAGGGCAUUAAAAAAAAUUGCACAUAAAUUUAAACAAAAGUUUGGAAAGAAUCUGCCGAAAAUUUUGGGUCUAAAAACUAAAAUAAGAUUUUGCAAUCGUAGAAGUAAUAAAAAUUACGGGACAUUAAAGGUUCGAGAAAACAUUGCGGCGUUCUAUCUGCGAGAUGACGUAUCUAGAUGUGCAGCUGGUCGUAAAGAGUGUAAAACAAGAAACAAACAGAAGAUGCAAGUAAGAUAUUUGCUGGACACCCUUUCGAACACUUAUCGUAUGUAUGUAGAAGAAGGCGGUAAAUUUGGUUUUACUACAUUUUAUCGCUGUAAACCAUUUUAUGUUAUAGCGCCCACUCGUGCAGCUAGAGAUACGUGCUUGUGCAUUAAACACAGUAAUUUCCAAUAUUUGUUUAACGCUUUGAAAUAUCGAUCAAUCAUCUCGUACAAAAAUAUUGACGAAGUUGUCAAAUUUUUUUCUUGUAAUAUUACUGCAUUUAACUGUAUGCACGGAUGCUGUGAGGUUUGCAAAAAUCCUCGCUUAGAAAUUGAUAUUCAUCAAGCUAAUGAUACUAUUAAGUGGCAUCAAUGGGUAAGAACUGAUCACAAAUACCAAAGAGGUAGUAAAGAAUGCGUUACCAAAAAAACAAUUAAGCAAGAACAGGUAGGUACUGUCGCUGAUUUAACAUCCUUAUUCAUAGAAAAAAUACCACUCUUUAAAAUACACUUUCACAACUGGAAAGAGCAGCAAAAACAGUAUCAAAAAUGUGUUAAUAAUCUUAAAAAUGGUGAGAUCGCAAUCUUAUGUGACUUUUCUGAGAACUACGAAUGUAAAUAUGCUAAUGAAGUUCAAUCAAUUCAUUUCGGUGCCUCAAAAAACACUAUUACUCUUCAUACUGGUGCAAUAUUUUUUACUGAUAAAUGUCAAACAUUUGCAACCGUUUCGGAUAAUAAUAACCAUGACCCUGGAGCUAUCUGGGCACAUUUAUUACCUGUUAUUAAAUAUGCAAAGGAAAACUACCCGGAAAUUUCUAUUAUUCAUUUUUUUUCAGAUGGACCUACAAGCCAAUAUAGACAAAAAAAAAACUUUUAUCUGCUCAAUUUAUUUACCUGUAAAUUAAAUCUUAAAUAUUCUACAUGGUCUUUCUCAGAAAGUGGCCAUGGUAAGGGCAUUGCUGAUGGCGUUGGUGGUAGUGUAAAACGCCAAUUAGAUAGAAGAGUCUCAUACGGCUGCGAUGUCACCAAUGCAACAGAUGCCUUUGAAGUGUUGUCUAACUCAAUGAAAACAGUUAAAUGUUUUUAUGUUAACGAUACUGACACAAAAAAUAUUUCUAAACUUAUUCCAACCAAUAUUGCAACCGUUCCUGGAACGAUGAAAUUGCACCAAAUUAUUUCAUCUUCCAAAAAUACUAUAAAGUAUAGAUUGCUUAGUUGUUUUUGCGGCGAUAAUGCAGGGUUAUGUUCCUGCUAUAACCCAAAGUUUCAUGAGUUUGUUCAGCCUAAUAAAACGGCACCAAAAGUAGACCAACCAAUUGUUAUAACUGUGCCAUCGUCAGAGGUGGAAUAUGAUUUACCUUCUCCAUCCAUAACCGAGCAAAUUGAUGUAACAACUUUAAAUUUUGAUAUUGAUACGAAUUUUAAUAUUGAGAAUAACAACUGUGAUCUUCCAGCAGUACAUAUCACAAGUCCUGUAUGUGAAAAAAAACGCGCUCGCGUUUUGUAUCCUGGAGACCCUCAACCACCUCUUAAAAGCGUAAGUGCGACCUCUCUUCUAUACAAUACGGGAUCUUUUAAUAAAUCUAAAAAUAAGGACCUUGAUACGAAUUUUAAUAUAGAGGGUAACAACUGUGAUCUUCCAUUAGUACAUAUCAUAAGUCCUAAACGUGAAAAAAAACGUGCUCGUGUUUUAUUUCCUGGUAACUCUCAACUACCUCCUAAAAAUAUAAGUGCGAGCUCUCUUCUAUAUAAUACGAAAUCUUUUAUUAAUAAAUCUAAAAAUAUUGGCCCUGCCUGUAAGUUGUGUCAAAUGGAAUUAAAGAGUAAAAUAAAGUGCAUGGUUUGCAAAUCUGAUAUAUGUCUGAAAUGCAGUGACUCAGUCUCUUUUGAUUACAUAUGUCCUCCUUGUCUUUGUGACUCAGAUUAAAGGUAAAUUUCACCUUCAACAUAAAAUUUUAUUGUUAUAAUUUAUUGUUAAAUUUUAUUAGUUUUUAGGGCGAAUUUAAUAAUCAAUCACUGAUUAGGAUGCCGUUAUUUUGCUAAAAUUGUGUUGUAUUAACAAAUGUGAUUGAUUUUGGAAAAGUAAAAAAAAUUAAACUACAAGAAGUUAGAUUUUUUAGGUAAAAAUAAUCGUUAACGUUAACGUGACGAAGAUAAUUAUUUUACAUUAGUUUUUUACAGAAAAAAAAAUACUCGUAACGGCUAACUUAUAAUCAAUCAUUGAUUAGUAUGCCGUAAUUUUGCUAACAUUGUGUUGUAACUGACAACUGUGAUUGAUUUUGAGACUGAUUAAAAAAUAUAUUUGUAGAAGAAAGAAAAAUUUGUGUUUGUGAUCUCAGCUUUAUGUUCCUAUUAGUAACUAAGAAUUCCGAUUAGUAAUUGGUUGAAGUGAGACUUCUUUUAUAAAAUGUUAUUUUACUUUGUUAAUUAGUAAGAAUAUAAUUAAUAUAAGAACGAAAUGUUAUUAACAUAAUAAUGUUUUACCUGAAUUGCUAAGACAUUUAGUUUUAUACCUUACGGAUUUUUCAUAAGAGAGUAUUAAAAAUGUUGAUGAUGAUAAAAAUGUUACUUACCGGAAGUAAAUUCCUUAAUAAUUUGUAGAAUAAUACUGAUAAUGUUAUUUUUUUCUUGUAUUCUAAAUGAAAACAGUUACAUUAAUAGGUUUUUAAAUAAAAAUAUAUGGAAAACGUG